UGAAUUUUACAUUAUUAAAAUUAUGAUUUUACAUGUGAUGAAAACAAACAUGCACUAAUGUAUUUGUAUUACGAAUAGAAUAAAAUGGAAAAACAGCUAGACGUGUUAUCUGAUACUGGCACUAUUUACAAUAUCGUGUCCACAUCUGAAGCUAUACCAGAUAACAGUCAGCCAAAACUCACUCUUGCGAAAAAAGCUGCUCACCUAAGAUGUAUACUUGAAAAGGAUUUCAAAGCCUGUGACAUAAAAUGGAGUUUGUUCGUCGCAGCGGCGUUUAGUUUCAGAUACGAAAGCAGCCUAAGGCCAUUCCCUCCAGCUUUCUUAAAAAAUGGGGUGAAGGACAUGGACGAAUUGUUGAGUGUUGUUAGUGACGUCCCAGCAUUGGAUCUCGUAAUUGAACAACUGAUAAACCUAGAGGACUUGAGUAAAGUCAGUGAUAUAAUACACCUACUGUUUUAUGUUCUUGUGCGGCUAAAGGAGCCCGCACUUAAAACCAUGCAACCAGAUUCGUAUGAACCGAUUUUAAAUUACGUUGACUCCAUUGAGCCUGCACCGAGACCUCAGUACAUUUUUCAAGUGUUAAGUGCUGCCAAAUCCAACGCGGAGCAGAAAUGGAAGGAAUUGGCGAAGAACCAUAACGUUUUCUACGCAUAUCAUGGAAGUCACUUGGAAAACUUUUACUCGUUGCUUAGUUUUAGUCUGCAUCAGCAUUUGAAAAAGCAAAGUACAAUGGUCGGAAACGGCCUGUACCUAACCAGCGAGCUGAGCGCCAGCCUGCCGUACAGCCGCGGCGGGUUCGGCUGGGGAGCCAGCUGUAUCGGCGGGCAUAUCUCCUGCGUCGCGCUUUGCGAGGUCAUCGACGCACCGGAGGGCAUCAACUACCAGAAACCGAGCUCUAAUGAAGGUUAUUCCGGAGACACUGGUAGAGCUGGAUACGACAGACACACUGCCGACCACAGAGCUGCCGCUCACUACAUCGUUACCAACAGCGACCUGAUACGCGUGCGCUACAUCUUGGUGUAUGCCAAGCAACCGAAUUUAAUGAGAUUUGCAACCACGAGCGGUAACAUGCAUAAUGAGCGCGGAUUAUGCCAAUGGGUUUCAAGACAUAAACUGUUUUCAAUACUUCUUGGAUACGGAUUGAUGCUGGCGACCAUCGGAUUUGCAAAUAACCAACCAAUGCAGCACUAUUACGAAUCAUUACUGAACAAAUUUGAUUUUAAACCUUGAUUUCA